AUGGGGGAGGCAGCAGUUGCAUUGGCCCAUGGCUCUCAGGCCCCCUGUCAAGUCAGUGUGCCCCCAGGGGUCCCACUGUUUCUUGGAUCUGGUGACAGGCAGAACACAGGACAGGGAAGGAGGCCAGCAGCACAAGGUAGUGUGACCCUGAGCUCUGCCACAGGUGAGACCCCUAGCAGCUGGCAAUGGACCCAGCUGGCUGUUCAGGGAGAACAUGGUGACAGCAUGGCUUCUGCAGUGACAGAGGCCCGGGAGCUGCUCUCAGCUGCUCUAAAGAAGCUCGCCGCGCACCGCCCUACAGCCGGCCGGCCACCACGUGGCGGGGCCGAGACUGACUUGCCUGCUCUCCGAGGGUUUGUGAGGGCCGAGGGCAAGUCUCGAUCGCCACUACGUGAACUGCGAUUUACCGCUGUUUCUUCCCCAGAGUUAUUGCCCAGAGACGCAAACCUAGGGGAAAGUGGAGACGCGCGGCGCCCAGAGAGCUGCUGCGCGGAGUUACCGCUUAGCAGUUCUUUGAGGAACCUACCUGUUUUCAGAUGUGGCGGCAUUCUUACUGGAGAAUCUGGAUUUAUCGGCAGUGAAGGUUUUCCUGGAGUGUACCCUCCAAAUAGUAAAUGCACUUGGAAAAUCACAGUUCCUGAGGGAAAAGUAGUUGUCCUUAAUUUCCGAUUCAUAGACCUUGAGAGUGACAAUUUGUGUCGCUAUGACUUUGUGGAUGUGUACAAUGGCCACAGCAACGGCCAGCGCAUCGGGCGAUUCUGCGGCACAUUCCGACCUGGAGCCCUGGUGUCCAGUGGGAACAAGAUGAUGGUGAAGAUGAUUUCUGACGCCAAUACAGCAGGGAAUGGCUUCAUGGCCAUGUUCUCUGCCUCUGAACCAAACGAAAGAGGGGACCAAUAUUGUGGAGGACGCCUUGAAAGACCUUCAGGCUCUUUUAAAACCCCCAACUGGCCAGACCGGGAUUAUCCUGUAGGAGUCACUUGUAUAUGGCACAUCAUAGCCCCAAAAAACCAGCUUAUAGAAUUAAAAUUUGAGAAGUUUGAUGUUGAGCGAGAUAACUACUGUCGAUAUGAUUUCGUGGCUGUGUUUAAUGGUGGAGAAGUCAAUGAUGCUCAGAGAAUUGGGAAAUAUUGUGGUGAUAGUCCACCUGCGCCAAUUGUAUCUGAGAGAAAUGAACUUCUUAUUCAGUUUUUAUCAGACUUAAGUUUAACAGCAGAUGGAUUUAUUGGUCACUACAAAUUCAGGCCAAAAAAAUUGCCUACUACAGCAGCACCUGUUACUACCACAAACCCAGUAACUACAAGUUUAAAACCGACUGUGGCCCUCUGUCAGCAAAAGUGUAGACGGGCAGGGACUCUGGAGAGCAAUUAUUGUUCAAGCAACUUUGUAUUAGUUGGCGCUGUUAUCACAACCACUCCGCGGGGUGAGAGUUUGCAGGCCACUAUCUCAAUCAUCAACAUCUAUAAAGAGGGAAACCUGGCAAUUCAGCAGGCUGGCAAGAACAUGAGUGCCAAGGUUACGGUGGUCUGCAAGCAGUGCCCCCUCCUCAGAAGAGGUCUAAAUUACAUCGUUAUGGGCCAAGUGGGUGAAGAUGGGCAAGGCAAGGUCAUGCCAAAUAGCUUUGUCAUGAUAUUCAAGACCAAGAAUCAGAAGCUUUUGAAUGCUUUAAAAAACAAGCAAUGUUAACAGUGAACUGUGUCCUUUUAAGCUGCAUUCUGUUGUUGCCUUUGAAAGAUCUGUCUUCCCUAAGUAGCAGAAAACCCAUAUGAUUUAACAUUGAGCGUUCUGAAAGGCUGGACUUCUUCACUCUUCACAUGAUGUAGGUAUGAGACCUCCGAAGACACUGGUGCAAUUCUGAGCCUGCACCUAGAAGAGCAGAGCUGAAAACCGGCUGACUUAGUGCAGUGAUAGGAAACUCACGGAAUCAAGUGUUGACAGCUUGGAAGCAGUUUAUUUGUACAUCUCUGCAAAAGGAUAGUAUGAAUUGUGUGAAGGUAUAAAAAGAUUUUAUAAGUGCAAUAUUUAUAAUGAUAGGUGUUUUACCUUCAAGUCUUUGCUUUGAGGUGUUACGUUCUCUUGCAUUGUUUUUUCAUUAAAUUUAUGGGUACAUUUUAGGUAUACAGUACAGUUGCAUU